AUGUAGAGAUAUCCAUUCAUUGUUUAGGCUGCUGAUUUGUUAAAUAUCAAUUAUGCCACUGCCAAAAACAUAGUACUAAAGUUCAAGAAAACUCACCUUUUGAGAAAGUCUGGCAAUAUCUCCGAAUCCAAGAGAUGCAAUUAUAAAUUAAUUGGAGAAUCGAAGGACCAAACAAAUUCAGUAAACACAAAAGGGGGAUUGGUGGCUGAAGGCCUAAAGAAAUUUGUCUAGAAAUUUUGA